AUGAAGGCUUACUGGUACGACAACAAGCCGGGCGACCAGCGCGAGGCUCACGACUCCGGCCGCCCCGUCUCGGAGGACUACCUCGCCUCGAUUGGCGUCUUCUACCGCCACUGCCCGACCAUCGAGGCCGUGGACGCUUUGGCAGCCGAGCGCGGAUACAAGAACCGCGACGAGAUCGUCGUGUCACCGCAGACCAUGGGCGAUGUGUACGAGGACAAGGUGAAGAUGUUCUUCGCGGAGCACCUGCACGAGGACGAGGAGAUUCGCUACAUCCGUGACGGCGAGGGCUACUUCGACGUGCGUGGCCAGGAGGACGAGUGGGUGCGGAUCAAGCUCGCGAAGGAUGAUCUCAUCAUUCUGCCUGCUGGUAUCUACCAUCGGUUCACGACCGACGACAAGAACUAUGUCAAGGCUAUGCGCCUCUUCCAGGAGGAGCCCAAGUGGACGCCUCUUAACCGCAGUACGGACGUCGAUGCUAACCCCCACCGCAAGACGUAUCUGGCGAGCGUGGGUGGUGCUCCUGUGGCUGCUAACUAG